CUAAUCUCGCAUUAAGUGACGUCGUUCGGCACAAUCUAGCCCAACGGCGUCGCUCUUGCUUUGCACGGACAAACGAAACUUCGUCCCGUCCUCUCUCCAUUGCAUAUUGUCAUCUCGGUCCUGAAACCAGAUCUCUUUCUCUGCCUGUGCAUCUGUGAGCAAUGGAUUUUCAUAUACGCAGCGUUUUCCGCCUGCUUAUCGUCUCUUCUAUUAUCUGCUCGCUAGCUAGGGCUGAAACCAGUGGUUCAGUUUUCUUCAUUGAUGGCCAAAAUCGCCAAUAUGUUCGUACUCCAUCAGCAAACGAUGUCGUUCAGUCUCACUUAAUGUCGCCGCUGGAACUGGGUGCUGCUGUGUCUGUAUUGCUUGGUUUUGCACCACCUGCUACACUUUCAGCUGCUGGUUCAUCUAAGUUGAAUGAAGUUCUCAUGCCGAAUCCAUUUGAUAGGCCUCGCUCUGUUUUCAUGCUGGAAGUCACAGGAGUCAAUGAUUUGGUUGCUCCAGCAAAUGCCAUGUUCAGUAAUGCCUAUAGAAGCAAGGUUAUUCUUGAUUUGGAUAAAUCGCAAAUUGAACUGCCAGGUGAAGAAGUCUCUGUUGUUUCUUUAGAUGAAAAAGUAGCAGAUUGCAAUGACGAGGAACUAAGUAGUUUGGCAUCUUGGUUGGGUGGUUCAUAUAGUAUUGAUGCUUUGGAACCACAAAAUGGAAAGUUGAUCAUCCCCUUGGCUAGUGGUUCUGAUAUGAAUCUUUAUGUUUCAAAGAAAGCAGACCAGGAAUUCAUAGCAAGUCUCUUGGCUUUGUUCCGCAAUAGUAAAAGAGCAAUAGAAAUGCAUGAAGAUCUGUUGCAGGCUAGUCAAGGACCUGCAGAGUUAAUUGUAGGUCGUUUUGAUGGCAUUAAGGCUUUGCAAGAGCAAUAUGGACGUGAUGUUGUGAAGCAAGGAUUGGUGCUAUUGCUUGCUACAUUAUCUAAAAUGCUUGAUUCAUUCCAAGCAGCAUACAAAGGUCAAAUCGUUGGAGUUAUCAUCUGUAAUGAGAUAUCUUCUCCAGAAUCAGGAACAAUGCUGAAUUUGAUGUUGACUGCUCAGCCAUCUGCACGUUGGUUGGCAGAGAAAGAAGGAUCAAAUGCAACUAAUGCAACAACCAUUGCAGAAAUAGCCUUGGUUAGAAAGACCCUGGCUUGGGUGACAGGAAUUAUUCUUCUCAUUUCUACUUUAUUAGGGAUAUAUCUGUUGCUCAAUAUGCCACUCACCAAGGACACGCUUCUCUACUCUAAUGUCAAGCUUGACUAAAGUUGAAAGGUAGUUGAUGAAUCUUUUUGCUACUAGAAGUGGCACGGGAUGGCAUUGGGCCUUUUAUGGGAGUUAUUUGUAGAUUUCUUAUUACCCAUGGCUGUUUACAUUACGGUGAAACCUGUUCCCUAAUUAUCGUGUGGUAUUGGGUAGGUUGCUUUGGCAAAUCAGGUGCCCUCUUUUUAAGCAUCCGUAGCCGGUGCUUAACCAAGAAAAAUACAAGAAAGUUACUGGUUGAUGCAAGGUCGUUUUAGGCACUGUACUUUGGGGCAUGGGCGUGGGGAAUUGAAAUGUGGAACGAAGAUGAUUAUGCAACAAUUUAAGUUGGCGGUUAAAUAGAUUGUCAUAUUGUGCAUUUGUUGGGUAAUAUGUUUUUAUCAUCAUAUUGAUAUGUGUUUUUAGUUAUUCAGAUUUUUUUUUUUCAUUUAUUGAUGUCAUAUGAGAUUUUGAAUAAAGAAAAUUGUUGAGAUUCCCUUCUUA